AUGGUCAUCUCGCCAGAGACAUCACCUGAAGCCGAGCUAUUCGCCAACCUCGCGAAGCGCAGCAGCAUCCCGAUCCUUUCCUUCUCGGCCACCUCGCUGGCAUCAAUUCCGUCGCAGGCACGUUUCUUUGUGCACAGUGCAGCCAACACCAACUCCCAGGCCGCGCCCGUUGCAUCCAUCCUUGAGGCAUUCCAAUGGCGCGCGGCCGUCCUGCUACUCGAGGAGUCCACCUACGGCAUCAGCAUUGUCUCGGCAUUGAUCCACGAGUUCCAGGGGCACGGGCACGGGCACCGCGUACGCGGCAUAAUGGACAGCGUGGCUGUGCCAGCCGACGCGACAGACAGCCGCCUCGACGUAGUGUUUCUUGCAGUGAAGAACAUGCCGGCGCGGGUGGUCGUCGUGCAUGUGACUUCCGCUCUGGCUGUGCGCCUCUUCCGCCGGGCCAUGGCCGCCGGCAUGAUGUCGGAGGGGUACGUCUGGAUCGCCACAUCCGCCGUGGGCGAUGCGGUGGACAGUCUCAGCCCCGGCGACCUCGACUGCCUGCAGGGGGUCGUCAGCCUGCGGGUCCACGUGCAGGCAACGGAGCAAGUUAGAAACUUCUCAAGACGGUUCAAGCAGAGGUUUCGGCAGGAGAACCCGGCUACCCAUGACACCGUGAGCGUGCCGGUGUGGCUACUCUGGCUGUAUGACACGGCAUGGGCAACCACCACGGCGGCCGACAGGUCCUUCCGAACGACGACGCACGCAGCUGGAACGGGACUUGCCGAUGCCGUGCUCAGCACCAGGUUCCAUGGCCUGGCUGGAAGUUUCAGGCUGGUCGAUGGGCAGCGGCAGAUCCCAGCAACAUACGAGAUCGUGAAUAUCAUAGGCGCCGGAGCGAGGACGGUCGGGUUUUGGACGCCGGAGUUUGGGAUCUCAACAAGUUUGUACCCCAGGAGUGGCAAGGAGCUGAAGCAAAUCCUUUGGCCAGGUGAAACGGCGGUUGUUCCGGUAGGGUGGAGCGAGUCCCCAAAUGGGCGUCCGCUUCGCGUGGCUGUCCCGGUGAAGCGUGGAUUCAGCCAAUUUGUGAACAUUUCCGGCGAUCCAAGGACGGGAAGAGAAAUUAUCACCGGCUACUGCAUCGACGUAUUCCAUGCAGCCACGGCGAAAUUGGCCCAUCCAGUCGCGUAUCAGUACGUGCCAGUCAACGAUAACUCCGAGUCUUAC